CAUAACACCCUUGUUCUUGCUCUCUCUAUAAAUAUAUACACACCUCUAGUUUCUUAACAGUUUCACUUUUACUAAUCGAACACACACGAAUUAAACUUGAUUAAACCAUCCCUUUCUUUCUUUAAGUUUUCAUUGUAUUUAACAGAAUUAUGAGAUCAGCUACGCCUAAUAGUGUUGCAAAGAGGAUGUGCAAUAUUAAAAAUAAUUGCAGUGAAGAGGAAAAUGAUCUUAGAAGAGGUCCAUGGACUCUUGAAGAAGAUACCUUGCUCGCUCAUUACAUUGCUCGUCAUGGCGAAGGUCGUUGGAAUAUGUUGGCGAAAUUCGCUGGACUGAAGAGAACCGGAAAGAGUUGUAGAUUGCGAUGGCUGAAUUAUCUAAAACCCGACAUUAAGCGUGGGAACCUUACUCCUCAAGAACAGCUCUUGAUUCUUGAGUUGCACUCUAAGUGGGGUAACAGGUGGUCAAAAAUUGCACAGCAUCUACCGGGAAGAACAGACAAUGAGAUCAAGAAUUACUGGAGAACAAGAGUGCAAAGGCAAGCGCGACAAAUGAACAUUGAAUCGAAUAGUAAGAGGUUUCUUGACGCCGUUAGGUGUUUUUGGAUGCCAAGAUUGCUUCAAAAAGUGGAGCAAACUGAUUCUACUCCGUUAAACAAUCUUGAUUAUUCACACGAUCAUCGUUCAUCUUCAUCAAACCCUUAUUUACUGCCGGAAUCUUUUGAUCCACAAAUCAGUACUUCAAAUCUUGGGAGUGAUCAACGUCUGUUAAGUUCAGUGACGGAAUCCAUGGCAAUCCAACGUCAGCCUAACAUUCUUGAAAAUCCAGAAACUCCACCAGUACUUAGUUACAGUGACACUAAUAUCUUUAACAGCAGCUUAAGUUAUUAUGACGUGGAUCCCGGGUUCAAUCAAGCAGCAGAUCCAACGGCUGAAUUUGGCACUUUUGAUGAUUCACCUCCGGAAUGCCAGAUGGCGGAUACGAAUUGGGUAGUUGAUAAUGACAUGGCAGAUGCUUUGUGGAACCUGGAUGACAUAUGGCAGUUUAGGUUUCAGUAAGAAUUAAAUAGGCGCCCAUCUACUGGCUACUGAUAUAUAAUUAGAGUUAACAGUUAAAACAGAUUAUAUGUUAUAUUGUCAAUAAUCAUAUGACGAGUGACUUUAGAUUUUGUAGUUUAUGAGUUUGUAUGACGUACUGAAGAGAGAUUCUUAGGUAGACUAAGUCCACCACGUCAUCCGUGGACUAGCCUAUUAUAUAAUGACACGUCAUUAAAAUAAUGGCAAUCUUGUAAAUUUGUUUAUUACUUAUUUACACUUUUGAAUAGUAAUAUUACAAGAUUGCCAUCAUUUUAAUGACGUGUCAUUAUGUGAUAGGCUUAGUCCACGGAUGACGUGGUGGACCGAAUCUACCUAAGAAUUUCUCCGUACUGAAACCCUAUUUAUUUGAUUAAUUAUUGUUACUUUAAUUAUAAGUUUAUUUCAAACCAUGUAAAACAUGUAUAAUCUAUAAUUUAAAGAUUUGAUG